AUGAAGUUGAAGAUCAACAAGGCCUGCGAUCUCAGCUCCAUCUCCGUCCUUCCUCCUCACUCCAGGAGAUCAAAUUCUGUGCAACAUGGACCACAAGGUUCGCAGCUUCAGCUUCGAUCUCAACCAUCAGAACAGUCAUUUUCUCAGGGACUCUCAUCUCAGUAUGGCAUGUUUUCUCAGCUCUCGCAGACGUCUCUUGACGCUUUGACAGAUCAGAGGUCUCAAGAACGGGAGAACUCUGUGAAGAAAAUUUCUCGCUUACCCCUGAUUAGUCAUGCACGUGAAGAGAGUCAAAUGCAGAUGUCAAGACCUUCCAACAAUCUCACGCGCAAGUGGAGUUCUGCUUCUGGUUCAGAUAAUCGAUGUAAUAUCAGUGAGGAAUUGGAACAUCGUAUUGGGAUGAUGGAAACUUCAUUGAGCAAGUUUGGAAUGAUCUUGGAUUCUGUCCAGAGUGAUGUUAUGCAAGUAAAGAAAGGAACAAAAGAAGUUUCAAUGGAGAUGGAAGCAAUACAGCAGAAGUUGAUGGUUCAAGACAGCUCGCUGCAGUUAAUGAAUAAGGGGCAAGAGGAUCUCAAAGCCAGCCUUGAUGUUGGUAUCAAAUCUAUGUCGGAGCAACUGAGCAAAAAUGAAAAUCAAGAUAAGUUACAGGAGAUGUUCUUAGUGCUUUCAGCCUUACCAGAAAAGAUUGAAGCAUCCGUGCUGAGUUCACAAAAUAAUAUACACAGCUCCUUCAUCAAGGAAAUGCAGAAACUUCUUUGCAGUAUCCAAACAUACCAGAAUCAGAUGACAUACCCCAUCCAAACAUCCAAAGUGCCAUCUGUACUUUCACCAAAGGCACUAAAGGCUGCUGCCCCUUCUAUUCCACAAGUGGAGCAGACGCAGAAGAGGAAGUAUGUGAGAAAGUAUGUGAGGAAGUACAAAACACCUUCUUUACCAUCACCAAAGGGUGCUGCCUGUCACUCUGUUCCAGAAAAAAGGCCACAUCCUAUUAAGAAAGAGUCCGAGAGGCUUAAGUACCCUGCUCUUGAUUCCCACUCAACUGUACCCUCAACUGUACCUCCAAAGGUUUAUGUUCAAGCAGCUGUAGUUACAGCGACAGAAACAGGAGGCUGGAAAACUGUAAAAGCCGGAAAAGCUACUUCUAGUCAAAGGGUGCCCCCACAAGUACAAAAACCUAAUGGAUAUACCUCGGUGAAACAGAUGCUUGCAGUCUGCUCCUCCCAUGUGCUUUGUGUCCUAACCCAUGACUCCAACAUUAUGUGCUUUGAAUCCUUUGAUUGCUUUGGGGGUAUGUUUCUCCCCAUGCCCUAUUGGUAUAUCCUUCGACCUCCUAGUAGAGUAGCAGUUAUAGAUGUCCUGAGAGACACACUGAUAGCCUUAGAACUUUGGGUUCAUCCCUCAAUCGCUGUAAAGAACUGGUAA